AUGCCAAAGAUCGACGACGCGUGUCAAGAAGCAGAAAUGCGUCUACCCAAUGCCUCAAUGGGGGUCAAGAUGACUUCAUAUAUCAAGGCGAAACCAAACUCUUGCGUUGAACCCGUACUGACUGACAGGAGAUUAGGUCCGAAAGAUUGGUAUGUGCUCAGCAUACGUAAUGUUGACAAAGUGUCCUAUUGGACUCAGAUGAACUUAUAA